AUGAUCGAAGUCAACUUUUACAGUGUGGUGUUGGUGCCGUUGGCGGGUUUGAUAUCGUACGCGAUAUGGUCGAGACUACGUAUGCCGGUGGAAUACCGACAUAUCUCGUCCCACGUGCCUUCCGUGACGAAAAGCUUUUGGAGUGAGAUGGUGCUUUCGUGGAAACUUGCGAUGCUGCAGCCUAAAGAUAUAUUGCCAUUUGUAACGGAGUUAUUUAGAGAGAAUGGUCCAGUAGUUCAUUUUAACCUAUCAGGCAGAUCUUACGUUUUGCUAAACGAUCCUGAUGAUUUAAAAGUUCUACUGUCCAGUACACAAUAUAUCAAAAAAGGUCCAGAGUAUGAAAUGUUGAAACCAUGGCUGAACGAAGGCCUUUUAUUGAGCUCAGGUCAGAAAUGGCAUAACCGACGGAAACUCCUCACCAACACGUUUCACUUCAAGACAUUAGACAUGUACAAUCCAUCCAUAAACAAACACUCGCGGAUAUUGGUGGAUAAACUAUUUGACGCGUCUGAGAACGACGAUAAAGAAAUCUCUAUCGCUGAAUAUGUGACUUUGUGUUCUUUGGACAUUAUGUGUGAAACGAUUAUGGGCACUGAGAUGAAUGCUCAAAAAGGUAAAUCAGCUGAAUAUGUUCAUUCGAUUAAAAGUGCUUGCAAAUCGGUGAUUGAACGUAUUUUCAAAUUCUGGCUGUGGAAUGAUCUGGUUUUCAGAAUGAGUGGAAGUGGUCAAAGUUUUUUUAAAUCAAUCAAAAUCCUACAUGAGUAUACUGACAACGUAAUUAAAAGAAAACGAGCGUCGUUGAAUAACUCCGGAAUUGAAAAGAUUAGGUCAGACAGUAAAUUCGAAAAACAGCAAAAGAAAUCGUUUUUAGACUUACUCCUCAACGUCUUAAACAAUACGCCGGAUCAGAUGAGCGACAGAGACAUUCGUGAGGAAGUAGAUACGUUUCUUUUCGAAGGCCAUGACACAACUUCCAUUGCUAUGACGAUGAUUUUGGUUUUACUGGGAAUGCAUCCGGAAAUACAAGAUCGAGCCAGAGACGAGCUACGUAGCAUUUUUGGAUACUCUACCAGAGAUGCUACGAUGGAAGAUUUAAAUGCUAUGAAAUAUUUGGAAGCCGUCAUCAAAGAAUCGCUUAGAAUGUACCCAAGUGUGCCAGCCUUUACGAGGGAACUAGAUAAACCAUUACAGCUCAAUAAAUACAUUAUUCCUCCAAUGACUACAAUAACAGUAUAUCCCUUUAUUCUACACCGCAACGAAGAGAUAUAUCCAAAUGCUGAAGAAUUUAUCCCUGAAAGGUUUUUGGAUGAAGAAAAUAAGGCGAAAUUUAUAUUUGGAUAUUUACCGUUUAGCGCCGGUGCCAGAAACUGCAUUGGACAAAAGUAUGCUAUGAAUCAAAUGAAAAUAGUUGUAUCAACCAUUUUACGGAAUGCUAAGUUUCAAUCCUUAGGACGCAAAGAAGAUAUUCGAAUUAGUACGCAAUUAAUAACAAGAAUAGAGUCACUUCCAAAGAUGAAAUUUUAUAAGCUUUAA